CGAAACAAGCCUCGAAGAACUUGACGGUCUGGCUUCGAAGCGGUAGACUAGCCUAACAACCUUAAAAUCACUAGGAUCGUGAACUAGCCUACCCAAAUGCGUGGUGCUUUUACAGAAAUGUGAAAUUGCUGAUUUUUUCACAUGGAAUCAAUACCAGGUGAUAUAAUAGGAGCAAAAAGAAUUGUUUGUGUGCACGUUGAGCGAAUCGAUCGAGAAAACAAGGCGGCCGGAUCUGGAUCCUGGAUCGCGCUCAGACUACCAUUGCCUGCUCAUAAGCUCAAUUGCAGCUAAGAUGAAUCUUGCUCCUUUGGAUGAGGCCACUGUUUCCAUAGAAAGGAGUCCUGGAGACUUAAAGACUACUGACACAACUACAGGAAAUCUACAGGCAGAAUAUCAAAGUGUGGAGUCCUGCACUGAAUCGACCAGCCACAGACAGUCUUGUGUCAGUCCUUCUUAUGAGAGACCAGAAAGGACAAGAUCAAAUUCACCUGUGAGCAGUGUUAUCUCCAUGGCAAGUGUCAGAUCGAAGGACGAACCUAUUGACUUUACUGGUCAGGACGGUAAUGACCCUGGAGGAGUGCCUUGCUCAGUUUGUCCUCGGAGGGCUUGUAAAUCCUGUCUGACCUGCACGGCCUCUUUCUGUCUGGACCAUGUGAAGCAGCACUACACAGCUCCAGCACUGCAAAAACACAAUCUGGUGGAGGCCACUAAAGAUCUAGAGAGAUCUCAGAUGAAGAAAUAUGGAUUGACUGCACAGGAAGGAGUAAAGAGGAGUGAAUCAGUGGAGACUAUUGUGAAUAUGGCUUCUCUACUGUCAAAGGGAUCACCAGAGAUAUACACACUUAUCACAGAAAAGACAUGUGUAGAUCACGAUGAACAUAUAAAGAGGUGGACAUUUGGGAAGAAAGACAACAGCAAAAAGAUGGUCACCAUCCUAUUGGUCGGGGAAACAAGAACUGGGAAAACCACUCUCAUCAACAGCUUGAUCAAUUACAUCCUGGGGGUGAAGAAGGAAAACUAUGUCUGGUUUGAGAUUUCUGGGCUUUAUGAGGAGGACCAGACGGUAUCUAAAACAACUGACAUCACUCUUUAUGAGAUCUAUUCGAAAGCAUCCCCCAUUUCCUGGUCCAUCAUUGACACCCCUGGAUAUGGACACACUCGAGGGUUACACUAUGACAAGAUGAUCGCUGAGAGGCUUCACACUUUGCUCAAAUCUUAUAAUGGAAUCAGCUCGAUUGAUGCAAUAGGCCUGGUAGUAACUGCAUCCCAAAAUUGCCUUCAUGACCGACAGAUCUACAUCUUUGAUACAAUUCAGUCCUUACUUGGCAUGGAUGUUAAGAACAAUAUAGUAGUAUUCAUCACACAUGCUGAUGACCGGAUUCAUCAAAAUGUUUUCAAGGCCAUAGAGGAAGCAGGAGUUCAUGUUGCCAAAACAGACAAUAUGCCUGUCCAUUUUCUGUAUGACAACUUUCGGUCUAAAAAACAGGAAGCAAGUGAGAAUCUCUACGCUGCAAAGUGGGAAAUGGGACGGAAAAGCACAGAAAAAUUAACUGACUUUUUGAUCAACGUUGAAAAACAAAAUCUGAAAAUGACUCAAGAUGUUCUGGAAGGUCGUCUACUGCUUAGAACCUCUGUCAGGGACUUGGAGAAUCUGACUGAACAGAAAGAAAAGGAACUGGCCUUGGCCUUGAAAAUUAAGUUUGUGGUUAAUCAAACUAGCAAAGAAAUGGUCCCCAUCACCGAUAGAAAAUGGAAUGCAAAAGAAGCAACAUGUUGCAAAGUAUGUAAGGAGAACUGUCACCAUCCAGGCUGCUGGUGGGCUGCAGACCUUAAGUGGUGUAGUGUCAUGACAAAUAGCAUGUGCACCAAAUGUCCAGGAAAAUGUCCCACUACAGACCAUGUCAAAGGAACGAAAUGGUAUGUUGAAAGAACAACAGAAGUCCCAAUGACCUAUAUGGAACUGCAGCAGUAUGAAAGUCAGCAUGGAAAAAAGGUUGACUUAAAACCAGAUGAUGUAACACAACUGGCUAAAAUAACAAAAUUAGAAACAGAACUGGAGGAAGCAAAGCAUGAAAAGGAAAAACUACUUAAUGAUGCUUAUCAGGCUAUUAUUGACCUGGAAAAAAUAGCUUUGAAAAGCAACACACUUUCUACUCAGGUCCAUUUGGAUUUCCUCAUUGAAAAGAUGCGAGAAAUAGGAAACACUGAGAGGAUUAAGAAACUUCAGGGGAUGAAGGAUGGUGAUGAUGCUAGACAAAAUGCCCUAUCAUAUAUGAGAAGGGUUGAACAGAAAGAAGGAAAAAAGUGAUAAUUCCGUAAUUUAAUUUGUUAGUAGAUUGAGUGAUUUACCCUCUUAUUCAUUAUAUUGGCAAGGGGCACUGAUAUGGCGCCAAUACCACACUCGGGUCUACAUGCCCACUGGGACCUGGGUUUGAGUCCAACCCAGGUAAUUUCCCUAUCCCACCCCAUCUCUCUCUCUCCCAGUCAUUUCCUGUCACUCUCUUCACUGUCCUAUGAGAUUAAAGGCAUAAAAGCCUCCCCUCUUCUACUCACCUUGGUGAAAUACGUGUGUAUUUUCAUGGCAACAUGAAAACACGCUGGACCCCUGUUACUCCCCAUUUAAAGAUGGCUAUCUAUCUCCGGGGCUUUCAGCAAGUCCGACCACAUGCUGCCAUCCCUCUACUUCAAAAAUAUAAACGACGGCUGAGGCAGGACGUUACGGCUUUGAAUGAGGUCAGACGGUAGCCUGACAAGCCAGACCCACAUCAAGAUGUAGGGUCUGGGAACUUGCCAUUCGCAGUGCUCAAUCCGAGGGGCGGGAUAAACGAUUGCCUUUCAAAUUCCCUCUGCAUGCAAUAGGAUA